AUCCGUUGCUAUGGAAACACACACUAAUACUCACCUGUUUAUCCCCCCGUCUCACACGGCAUGCGUGUUUAGGUUAUAUUUAGAAUAUUAAUUAAUGGUUAACGCUGUCUCUCUCUGCCAGAGUGUGAGUACGCUGCAAUCUCUCGAUCUCCCGGGCAGAGAAUAAAGCAUCUCGGCAGAGGGGCAGCCAUGAACGGGUAAGGGGGAGCGAGUAAGCAGAACUUUCUGUUAUAACAAGGGGACAGGGGGGGAACACCGUGUUAUAACAAGGGGAGAACUUACCGUGUUACGCACGCACUGCACAAGGGAGAGGGAACACUGUGUUAUAACAAGGAGACAGGGAACACUGUGUUAUAACGAGGGGCAGAGAACACUGUGUUAUAACAAGGAAGACAGAACACUGUGUUAUAACAAAGCGAAACACGUGUUAUAACAAGGAGAGGAACUGUUAUAACAAGGGACAGGGAACACUGUGUUAUAACAAGGGGCAGAGGGAAACACUGUGUUGCAACAAGAACAGGGGAACCAUUGCAUAACAAGGGAACAGAAACGCGUGUUAUAACAAGAGACGCGAGAGGCGCGUGUGCUGGACAGGGAAGCGCGUGUUACUUAGCCUUACCUUACCUGCACCCGCUGCCUGCAAGGGGCAGAAACGCCGUGUUAUAACAAGAGGCGAAGACGCCGUGUGUUAUAACAAAGAGUUGAAACGCCGUACCAACAAAGUACAGAAAUACGUGUUACCAACAAGGGGCGAGGGGAGACACAUUAUUUAUAACAGGGGCGAGAACACCGUGUUAUAACAAGGGGCGGGAACACGUGUUACCAACAAGGGGCGAGGAACACGUGUUAUAACAAGGGGCAGAGAACACCGUGUUAUAACAAGAGGAUAGAGGCUACGUGUUAUAACAAGGUAGGGGAGAACACGUGUUAUAAUAACAAGGAUAAGAACACGUGUUAUAACAAGGGAUGGGGAACACACACGUGUUAUAACAAGGGGCGGGGAGAAACACUGUGUUAUAACAAGGGGCGGGGAGGAGAACACUGUGUUAUAACAAGGGCGGGGAGAACACUGUGUUACUAACAAGAGAGGCGAGAACACUGUGUUACCAACAAGGGGCGGAGAGGAACACUGUGUUAUAACAAAGAGGGGCGAGGAGAACACUGUGUUAUAACAAGGGGGCGGGGAGAACACUGUAUUUAUAACAAGAGGGCGGGGAGAACACUUGUAUUUAUAACAAGGGGCGGGGAGAACACUGUGUUGCUUUCACAAGAGGCCGAGAGGGCUGCUGUGUGCUCUGGGGGACGGGGAACACUGUGUUAUAACAAGGGGACAGGGGGGGGAACACUGUGUUAUAACAAGGGGACAGGGGGGGGAACACUGUGUUAUAACAAGGGGACAGGGGGGGGAACACCGUGUUAUAACAAGGGCACAGGGGGCAACACCAUGUUAUAACAAGGAGACAGGGGGUAAAUGGGAGCCUCCAGGAAUACCAUGUUAUAACAAGGGGACAGGUGGUAAAUGGGAGCCUCCAGGAACACCAUGUUAUAACAAGGGGACAGGGGGUAAAUGGGAGCCUCCAGGAACACCAUGUUAUAACAAGGGGACAGGGGGUAAAUGGGAGCCUCCAGGAACACCAUGUUAUAACAAGGGGACAGGGGGUAAAUGGGAGCCUCCAGGAACACCAUGUUAUAACAAGGAGACAGGGGGUAAAUGGGAGCCUCCAGGAACACCAUGUUAUAACAAGGGGACAGGUGGUAAAUGGGAGCCUCCAGGAACACCAUGUUAUAACAAGGGGACAGGUGGUAAAUGGGAGCCUCCAGGAACACCAUGUUAUAACAAGGGGACAGGGGGCAAAUGGGAGCCUCCAGGAACACCAUGUUAUAACAAGGGGACAGGGGGCAAAUGGGAGCCUCCAAGGAGACAGUGGGUAAAUGGGAGCUUGCAAUAACACCAUGCUAUAACAAGGGGACAGGAGGUAAAUGGGAGCCUGCAGGAACAUCAUGUUAUAACAAUGGGACAGGGGGUAAAUGGGAGCUUGCAGGAACACCAUGUUAUAACAAGGGGACGGGGGAAAUUGGAGCCUUCAAGGAGACCAGGGGUACAUGGGAACUUGCAUGAACAUCUCAUGUUAUAACAAGGGGACAGGGGGUAAAUAGGAGCCUGCAAUUAGACAAGGGGUAAAUGGGAGCCUCCAGGAACACCUCAUGUUAUAACAAGGAGACAGUGGGUAAAUGGGAGCUUGCAGGAACACCAUGUUAUAACAAGAGCACAGGGGGAACACCAUGUUAUAACAAGGAGACAGCUGGUAAAUGGGAGCCUCCAGGCACACCAUGUUAUAAAAAGGAGACAGCUGGUAAAUGGGAGCCUCCAGGAACACCAUAUUAUAACAAGGGGACAGGGGGUAAAUGGGAGCCUCCAGGAACACCGUGUUAUAACAAGGAGACAGGGGGAAAUGGGAGCCUCCAGGAACACCGUGUUAUAACAAGGGGACAGGGGGAAAUGGGAGCCUCCAGGAACACCGUGUUAUAACACGGAGACAGGGGGUAAAUGGGAGCCUCCAGGAACACCAUGUUAUAACAGGGGGUAAAUGGGAGUCUCCAUGAACAUCAUGUUAUAACAAGGGGACAGGGGGUAAAUGGGAACCUCCAUGGAGACAGGGGGUAAAUGGGAGCUUGCAAUAACACCAUGCUAUAACAAGGGGACAGGGGGUAAAUGGGAGCCUUAAAGGAGACAAGGGGUAAAUGGGAGCCUGCAGGAACACCAUGUUAUAACAAGGGGACAGGGGGUAAAUGGUAGCUUGCAGGAACACCAUGUUAUAACAAGGGGACGGGGGAAAUGGGAGCCUUCAAGGAGACAAGGGGUACAUGGGAACUUGCAUGAACAUCUCAUGUUAUAACAAGGGGACAGGGGGUAAAUAGGAGCCUGCAAUUAGACAAGGGGUAAAUGGAUGCCUCCAGGAACACCGCAUGUUAUAACAAGGAGACAGUGGGUAAAUGGGAGCUUGCAGGAACACCAUGUUAUAACAAGAGCACAGGGGAAACACCAGGUUAUAACAAGGAGACAGCGGGUAAAUGGGAGCCUCCAGGAACACCAUGUUAUAACAGGGGUUAAAUUGGAGUCUCCAUGAACACCAUGUUAUAACAAGUGGACAGGGGGUAAAUGGGAGCUUGCUAUAACAAGGGGACAGGGGAUAAAUGGGAGCCUUAAAGGAGACAAGGGGUAAAUGUGAGCCUGCAGGAACACCUCAUGUUAUAACAAGGGGACAGGGGGUAAAUGGGAGCUUGCAAUUAGACAAGGGGUAAAUGGGAAUUUGGUACAUGUUGAUGUGUAGUGAACUGAAUUCAGUUUAUUUCUGUCACUUUCUUCCUGUUGGUAGAAGGAAGCAAGAGACUGGCUGUGCAAUUUAUUAUAAAUCCAUAAUAAAUGCCAAAACAGAACUAAUAACUUUUUUGUCUUCUAGUACUCAAAUCAAGGGGUUUAAUUCCAGCAUUGCAUUGAGCAAGGUGAGAAAGUAACCAUUUCAUUUGUAUGAAGAGUAACAUAUUCAUUUUUAGAGUCCUAUCUAUCCCACAUAGCAUUUACUACUGAAACUAGCCCCCGUGAAAGUCAGGUAUGCUAAGCAUUAAAUAAACAGAUUCCUGUUCAAACUUUUCUGAUUUAUGUAAAUUUGCUGCAAAAUAUUUUUUAUUUAUGCAAAGUGUAAGAAUUUGCUGGUCAGCCUUAACAAAACACUCUAGCGUUGGGAAAACAAAUAUAUCCUCUAGUAUCCUAGAACUAUUUUGGUGUUCGCUCUCCCCUUUGCAAUGAAUUAAAAAAAGCUUUUUACUGACCUAGUAGCCCUCGCCCCACCAGUCUCCACACAUCCGGUCCAACCUCAUUGGCUGAGAUCAUCAAGAUUGAUGAUCUUAGCCAAUCCAAUGUUUACCCAUAGGGAUGGACUGGACUGCUCCAAUCAAAUGCUCUUUAGUAGCAGCAAUUAACUGAGAGCUGUGUCAGACUUGGUUGUCACAGGGGAGGCACCUAUUGUAGUUGUAUGCCACUUGAGGUAUAAUAACCCUGCAAUCAUAACAUUGCCGUAUUUACUAAACCGCAAUGUUUUUUUAGAUACAGGUUUAAACCUAAGAGGCCUCUGCACCCCGACCCCUUCAUUGAGAUGAAGUGGUCUGGAUACCUUAAGUUGUCCUUUACAGAGGCUUUGUCACUGGGUGUUUUUUUUUUUGCAAAGACCCCCAUUGCGACUUUAUCACUUGGUGUGCGUUGACCAUGGAGGGCAGAUCAUCAUCCGUGAAUCCUCUUCAUCUCGUGGCACUUGAUCUGUCAAGAGCCAUUGUCACUGCUUUGAGGUAUAUGGAGAAAUCCGCAGGAGCCUUUCAUAGACCAUAACAAUCACUAGUGAUUGCUGAGCGAAAUGACAAAACCUGACAAACGUAGCUUCAUCUGUUGUCAAGUUUUGUCAGGUGUAGGGAAAGUACAUAAGUCAAAUUAGUCCCUACUUUGCCUUAUGUAUUGUAGGAGAAAUAGGAGAGAAAAUAAGAACAUAAUGAGAGACUGGGAAAAAAGCAGAAUCGUUUGAGGUAAGAUAAGCAUGCUGUAACAGAUAAGCUUUAAAUGCACAUUUCGACUUGCCUGAAAUAAAUGGUUCAUGACAUAUUACUAAAAAGGUAAGGCACUGAAAAACUAUAUUAAAUGUCUAAUAUUUCAAGUUAUUUGCAAAAGUUCAUAACUUAAAAUGAAAUUAUAAUUUAAUGCAAUUUUCUAGUUUUGCCGGGAGAGUAACUAUUAUUUUUCUUUCAGCGACCAGGAAAGUUAGAAGUACUUGAACCAGAAGGUACUUGUAUUUGUAUUCUUCAAAUCAGGAGUUUUUCAUAAAAAAUAGGGUUGCAUACAGAAAGGAAAAAGGUUGGGGAAAUGGGAAAAUUGGAAAAUACUAUCAGUUGCUCUAAAGUGCAUUUUACAUGUGUACAAUAAUUAAACCUUUCACUGCUCAAAUUGUACUCACAUUUUAACUUUCAUUUCCAAUGCAAAACAAAAUGUAGUCCACAAAGUUUCACCUAUCUUUUUAUUCCAGGAAUGAUGGUAAUCUUUUAGAUGAAUAGAUUUCUCUGCCCUGAACUAAUUCCACACAUUUAAUACCACAUUUAGUAAAAUAUUUGUUAAGACAGCUUCCCCCUUUCAAACCAUAUCUUCAAAAAUCAUAACAUUUCUGUGGUCAGUUAAGGGGGGAGCAGUAAAUGAGUACUAACACACGCCUCUUAGUAUUACAGAGCUUCCUGUAACUGUAACGGCUCUAAAAACGUAUGUUUUAGAAAUAUAUGAUUUAACUGUGCUUACUAUAUGUGAAUAAUUAGUAUGCUGUUUUUAUUUAUCUGUUUUGUUACACCUACUGUAUGUGAAAAAAGAAAAAAAGUAUAUUUUUGUUUCUAUACUAAUAUUUCAAACCCUUUGUAUAAUAUUGCUGCAUGUUGCCUGAAGCUUCUCAGUCAUUCAAGCUUUUCAUUCCUAUUGACAAAUUAAAAGUAAAUAAGUUUUGGAGGAUAUCAAAUUUGCCUUACAUUUUUACAAAUUGUGCAAUAAGUGAGUAUUUCCAAUAUUUGUUUUAAUUUUUAUUUUUUUUUAAUUCUUUUUUACCCCAGCACACAAGCAUGAGUGGGUUAACAGAAACAAGAGCAAAUCAGACAUUAUAUACAGUGCAGGGAUCUUGGUAUGCACAUUGCUAUGCUGUCUGUCCUUAGUGAGCAGUGCUUGGGAGUAGGGGGUUUUAUGUUAAAAGCGAUGUGGUCGAGGUCGGUUCAGGGUCCUCAUAGGUCAGUCAUGCGUUAGAGUGGAACCUGUGAGUUACUGAAAUGUGGAUUUACUGCCAGUUGGAUCGUUCUGGGAGUACCUCUUGGUUUGUUGUGUGUGUAUCUCGCUGAGGUAUGAGCCGUAUGCCAAGUGUUAAAGGAGCACUAUAGGGUCAGGAACACAAACAUGUAUUCCUGACCCUAUAGGGUUAAAAACCACCAUCUAGCCCCCCUGGCCCCUCAUGCCUCCCUAAAUACAGAAAUCUUACUUGUAUUCAAGUCUGGAGCUGCUGUCUCUGUUCCGGUUUCCUUUAGAACUGCAAUUGAUGUAUGUCCUUAGGGCGUUAAAGGAGAUAGUGGGGUUGAGUCCCAAAGUUCAGGUUGUAGCUGCCGCGUAAGCCUCUGGCUUUCUUCCUUGUGACAUGAACGGCAUAAUCCUUGCUGGGCCCCAGCGGUGGGCCGUGGUGGAGUUUUCUGGAUGCCUUGAAGGAGUUAGGGAGUUCUCUGGCAGGCCGAGUGUUGAUAGUAACACAGCCGCUCCCUGCAUGUCUGUUACUGUGUAGGUCAAGCUGUUCUGCUGGACUUGCAGAGCCCUUGGUGAGCGCCAUCUGUACUCUAUGUCGCUCUUCCUCAAAGGUGCCGUGUAUGGUUGGAGGGACCGUCUCCAUUGUAGGGUGUCCCCGGACAGGUCCGCAUAAAAGGUGAGGGCUGCAUUUUCGAAGGCAUAUGGUGUUUUCCCUUUGUGGGGUGCGAGAACUGCUGCCUUAUCGGUGCCAUUGCGGAAUUUCACCACAACCUCCUUUGAGGCUGCAGCUUUUCGCAGUUUAGGAACCCGGAAGACCUGUUUCUGCGUUAAAAGGGCUCCGAUGAGCCUCCACGUUAAACGCGGGAGUUCCUCUGCUGGGAUAUUGUUGGGGACACCUCUUAUUUUCAUGUUAUUGCAGUGUCUGUGGUCUCUUGGUAUUUUUUUUAGCACUUGCACUUCUGUUGUGAGUUCUGCUAUGACUUGUGCCUGCUUGUCUGAGGAGGCCUCUAUUACCCCAAUGCGGCCCACCAGGCCUGUCAAGUCAGUGUGAAGCUGAGCUACGUCGGCAUGCAGUACUCUCUGCAAGUCACCUAACAUGGAUCGCAAUGUCUCUGUGGUGAUUGGGUCGGGUGUCCCCUUUUUUGGGAUUGGCUGCGUUAACGGAGCAAACAUACCCCCAGUGCAGUCAUCCAGGCUCAGGUUGUCCGAGAAGUCUGUGUAUUUUGCUAGCCCGACAACCAUUUUGGGCCUGUGUGCCCCUUUCGCAUGCUGGAAUAAAUCACCAUAUUGCGCCCCGUUUUGGGUUUGUCCGGUCUUUGCUUUUUUUUUUUUUCAUGUCCCAUGUGGGUUCAUGGGGUACUUUUUUGCCUCACUUUUUCUUGUUGGAAAACGGGUUUAUAAGCAGUGUGUGCAGAGAGCCCAUCUAUGUGCGCCCAUCUUGUUCUCUUGCUAGGCUCCGCUCCCCAAGAGUAAAUAUUUCUGCAGACAUUUCUAUGUACAUGGAAUAAUUAUCUUUACAAUGUUUUGCAGAUGGCUUUUUCACAGAUACUUGUUCGUUGAUUCCUCGGUAAGUACAAAUAAUGGAAACCAGAUGUAUUAUUGGGUUUUGAUUAAAGUUGUAAUUUAGUGAAAAACUAAUUUGAAGUAGGAUUUGCAGUUAAAGGACAUGCGUAAUGCGGUACCAAAUAGUUUUUUUUUGUCUUGCAAUAUUUGCAAACAGAUCCUCCAUGCACACUCAUGACACUUGAAUAUAAAGCUGACUCAAUUCCUCAGUGGCAAGGUUUCAGCCUACAUGAAUGCAAAGUUCCCUGAGUAGCUCCAUUAAAGAAACUCUUCAUAUCCUUAAAGCACCUAAAGUGGCGCUGCCACUGUCUGGGGACUUUGCAGAAUUUGCAAGACCCCUGAUGGUGACAUCGCCACUGGGGGUCUAGUGGCCGGGGGGGGCAGGUAAAGGGGAGGUCAACUUACCUGAACCUGUCUCUUGUGGGAGCCGCUAUCUUCUUUCAGCAGAUCCUCUUACGUGCGAGUACAGUAUUGAGGUCUAUGGAGGAGACCACGGCAGUGGUGUAUCCUGGUUUUGUGCUGCCCUUUUGUGGUGGGGGGAAGGGUUCAUCUCCCUGGUGGUCCAGUGGCUGCGGGCGGCCGGCGAGGGAGCUCUUCCCCUGAGCGCUCUGCUCAGCUCCCUCGCGCGCCCCAGAGUGAGGCUGGGAGCCGGAAGAUGACGUCAUAUUCCGGCUCCCAGCCUCACUGUGCGGCGCGCGAGGGAGCUGAGCGGACAGCUCAGAGGAAGAGCUCCCUCGCCGCCCAGCAGCCCGCACGCCCGGCGGGUCAGUUAGCCGCAAGGCUAACUAGGCAUUUGCCCUGGGCAUUUGGGGGGCGGCGUUUUUUGCCGCUCCCUGAAAAAUGCCGCCCAAGGCAAAUGCCUUGUUUGCCUCGCGGCUAAAACGCCCCUGGACCACGGGAUCCUUUAUAGAUAAAGCAAAAUCUCUGCAGCCGUCACUGGUGAUGGAUUGGUGUAUUUACACUUCUAGACUCCGGUAGAUCUGUCCAGUGUCUAGAAGUGUUCGACAUAGGAAAUAUACAGAGACAAAGUAGGGUUCUUUUACAGUGAGGACAGUAAAGAUGUGGAAUUCUCUGCCUAUAGAGGUGAUCUUAUCAGAUUCUAUAGAUAAAUAAACUAAAUAUUUAAAGAUAUAAUGUGUAUGUAAACAGGUUGUGGAUCCAAGGAGAAAUCUGAUUGCCAUUAUCGAGUCAAGAUUUUUUUUUUUAUUUUUUUUCACUUUUGGUGGCAUUAUUGGAAAGGUCUGCAAUUGUUUGGGGUUUUGUUUUGCCUUUUUUUUUUUAUUUUUUUUUUAAAAAUUUUUGAUCAACAGCAUAAAAAAAAUUAACUAUGUCACAAAGUGCAUGCCAUCUCCAGCUGAUUUUACAAAAUAACAUGAUUGUAGUGUACUUCAGUGGCCUUCACACUCUUCAUGCUUGAGUCCAAUCAAGAUCUAUUGGGAUGUGAUAAAAAGGGAAAUUCACAGUAUGAACAUGCAGCCAUCAUAUCUCUAGCAGCUAUGUUAUCUUAUUUAUCUUGUUUGAAUAUAUCUUGAUAUAUUGCAUUGGCAAAUAAAAGCAUGCAUAUCUGGUAUGUAACUAGUAUAUUUUACUUGUUUUACAGGCGGCAUAACUCUGAAGAAUUGCCCUUUACCAACAAGGUAAUCCCAACUCACGUUUUAUUAACUGCUGCCUGCUAAAAAAUGUACAUACUGCAUUCCUAGAUAUUUAAAAAGUAUUAUUCCCUCCCACUGCUCAUAUCUUCGCCUCCCGCAAUGUCAUCAAGGAGGCAUGACCUCUUCUGGCGAUGAUUCAAUCCAAUGCUCCCCUGUGCGCAUGUGUGGCAAACAUGCAUGCACAUCCCAUGCUUUUCAUAGGAAAGCACUGAAUUCAAUGCUUUCCUGUGAGCUUUCACAUGAUGUGACAGAGUUUUAUUGGUCAGUGCCAUGGGGAUCACCUGUAGGUGGAUUUGGUAUUUCAAUUUAAAUAUCGCAGGUUUUAAAAACCUGCUAUGUUUUCCAUUGCUGGGUUAAAAUGACAAGACAAAAACACCUAGCCAUUGAGACCAAGUGUUCUAUGUGACUAUAGUUGUCCUUUUUUAAUAACCUCUGUUCCUGCUACUUUAAAGGGAAUAACCUUUACACUAUACAUUGUGCUGGCCAAAUCAAACUAUAUCCAGUAAUUAUGCAUUCGAAUGUUUAUUUUCACUUGCCAGGGAUUUUGCAAGAACCAUGUUAUAUUGAAUAUACAACUACUUGAACGUCCGCCUUCUCGUGCACACAACCUUUUGAUGCCAGUCUCAAUAAAAAAAAAAAUACUCCAGAAUAUCACAACCUAUUUGGGAUUUCUACAAUCCAUUUCCAGAGCAGGCAGUGCACGAAAAUAACGUUGUUCUGUUUGUGCCGAAUUGAUUGUUAAUACCAUUUCUAUUCAUUUUUUGUAGCACACAAUAAAUCAUCAGAUUGGAAAAUUACAAGUACUUGGUAAAGAAAAUAAAGGUUUGUGUCCUUACCUGUAGAUUCAUUGUGGUGUGUGUUUUUUUUUUUUUUUAUAUGAUAUGGGGGGGGGAGACAUACUUAGGUUUUCAAAGCUCAAAAAAAAACAAAACACCAUUUCUCUUUGUUCGCUUCACGUUAACUAAAAACUCAGUUGUAGUGAGUUAUAGUGAACUGAUCUGAUAGCUUCACACAUUUUAGGACAAAUAGCUGUGUUUUAAAAAGUUCUCCAACUCCAUUGAUAAACUGUUUUAUUGAGGCAAUAAAGCCACCCGAAAUGGCAAAUAUCGAACUACCAAGUACAGUAAUCCGAGAAAUACAUUAAGGCUCACAUUAUUAUUUAUUAUUAACAUCUACAGUGCCAAUAUUUUCCACAGCACUUUACAAUUAUACAAUGGGUUUAACUAAUAGCAAGUAUCUGAAAGACCAGAAUAAUACUGACAAAGGUAAAGACGCCCUGCUCAAACAAGCUUACAAUCUGAGUAUAAAUUUAAAAACCUAAACGAAAAUGAGCUAAGAAUCAUUCAGCAAUCCACUAACUGAUUGGUGUCCCGGUACUGUUUGGCCUGAGUACCCUUAUGCAAACGCAUUGUACAUUUUUACACUUAUUGUACCAUCCAAUGAGUUAAUAAUCACCCUCCAUUUCUGGGAAAAAUGCAUAGUUGGGAUUGAAGCAAGGAGACAGUGAGACCAGCAUGGUAGAUCCAUUUAUUAAUAAAUGUAUUUCCUGAAUUAAAUACUUGAUACAUGCCAAGGUGGAAGUAUGCUAAAUAUGACCGCUUCUAGAGUAGCUGUAAGCUGGGUUAUGAAGUAAAUCAUUGAGGUAAUUUUAGACAACUCUCCGGUAUUGCUGGAUGCCAGGACCCAUAAUCAGUGGAACAGCUCUGCCUCCUACUCUGUGAUUAGUCCAAUCUUGUAGCUGUGGUAAAAAGAAGUGGAUACAACUUUAAAUCUUGUAAAUUGCUAAAGAAGGACAUAAACACUCUGUGGAAUUUUCCCACUGUUAGACAAAAGUGGGGAUUCAUUCCUUGUUCCAACCUAAGCCACUUUGAUAGAAGUUACUUUAGCGAUCUUGUAAUCUUGUAAUCAUGUAAACAAAGCGGGUGAUCUGAUCUGGGUUAGUCUGGAUAACAUUUAUUUUUUUCUACUUCCAUAAGAAAGUGAUAAGCAUACAUUUUCUUUCUGUUUUUGCUUACAAGCUUAUUAAUAUUGCAGAAAUAUAUGAUUUUGAUAGUAAUCUGAGCAGAGUCAUUGAUCCCAAAAAAAUCUAGUACUGCCAUUCAACUAGUUCAGGAGUAUUUCACUUUAGUUAAUAAAACUGCAUGUAUUAAUUCAUAGUCCCAAUAUAAAGUAAUGAAUGGGCAUUGUUUGUAGUUAAACCAUUUCUAAUGUUUAUUGUUUUACAUUAUAAUGCCCUAAUAGAAACUUGUCACCUAGGCCGCCACCUCCAGUGUUUGUUACCAAAAAUCCUGUAAACUAAAGUUAAAACUUAGAAUGAAAACCGCACCAGGCCAAGUUCUCACCAAUAUUUUUACCUACCUUCUUUGUUGUAAUGCUAUGUCAAUAGUUCCUCACUGAGGUCCAGUCAAAGCAUUGUUGGACCUUGGGUUUAUUAGCUACCAGUGGGGCAAACCACCAAUCAGCUUCUUCUGAAAGAGAAGCAUUAAAUCCAAUGCUUCUUUAUCAGAGGAAGUGAAUGCUACACUGUAGUACCUGGUGUAUUUUAUCAUAAGAGUUUGGAUGAACAGAGUGACCGCUAAUCUCUCUGCUACAGCCCACCCAAUCCAAGUGACAGGAGGGAAAGGACGGUGUGCGGUGGAGGGCUUCAUAGAGGGAAGGGGGUGGAUAUUAAAAAGGGAAUAAAAAACAGAUGGCAAAAACUGAUGUGGUGCAUCUCUAGAUUGUGUAACUAGACUCAGGCAUACAUUCAAAGAUUUCUUUGUAUAGGCAGCAUUUGCAACUGAAACCAUGCACAUACAGCUUACUUGCUCCAUGACCACUUCUAAAAACAGAUGUGUUCAUGGAGGUUCUAUUAACCCUUUAAAUAUGGCACAUGUUACUUGUUUAUUCAUAUUAAUGGUUCUGGAAGUUUUGCCAAUGUGGUUGCAUGCAAGCAUGAUAUUAUGUUGAUCAAGUCUAUAUACCAUAAUACUUAAAUAUCAUUUUUUUUUUUUUUUUUUUUCCAGUCCAGGUCCUUUUUGAAACGAUAUUUUGAUAUAAGAUAUUUUGUUUAUCUUAUGAAACUUGUUUUAUGUAGAAUAAAUCUAAUUCCACUUUUAAAUAGACAAAAUGUGAAUGUACACUCCACUGUAAAUUUACCGUAGAUUAGUGCAUUAAAGGAACACUAUAGUCACCUAAAUUACUUUAGCUAAAUAAAGCAGUUUUAGUAUAUAGAUCAUUCCCCUGCAAUUUCACUGCUCGAUUCACUGUCAUUUAGGAGUUAAAUCACUUUGUUUCUGUUUAUGCAGCCCUAGCCACACCUCCCCUGGCUAUGAUUGACAGAGCCUGCAUGAAAAAAAAACACUGGUUUCAUUUUCAAACAGAUACAAUUUAAGGUAAAUUACAUCUAAAGCUCUAAAUUGAACUUUAAUCACAUACAGGAGGCUCUUGCAAGGUCUAGCAAGCUAUUAACAUAGCAGGGGAUAAUAAAAUCUUAAUUAAACAGAAUUUGCAAUAAAGAAAGCCUAAAUAGGGCUCUCUUUACAGGAAGUGUUUUAUGGAAGGCUGUGCAGGUCACCUGCAGGGAGGUGUGACUAGGGUUCAUAAACAAAGGGAUUUAACUCCUAAAUGGCAGAGGAUUGAGCAGUGAGGCUGCAGGGGCAUGUUCUAUACACCAAAACAGCUUCAUUAAGCUAAAGUUGUUCAGGUGACUAUAGUGUCCCUUUAAAAAUAUAUGCACUUAAAACAUAAAGGAACGCUACAGCAUUAGGAAUACAAACAUGUAUUCCUGACACCAUAUAGGAUUAAAAUAGCCUUAAGGUCCCCAGCUCCUCUUACUCCCUGUUAAAAAGGUGAUUUACUCCCUUUUUUUCCCCAGCACCGUGCAAGUCUCCUUGUGGAUGGCCCUGCUCCGCUUCCUUGGUUGAGAUCAUAAAAUUUGAUCUCAGCCAAUCCAAUGUUUUACAAUAGGAAAGCAUUUGAAAACUGUUGCGCAUGCGAGGCAAAACACUACAAUGCGCCAUUCCGCAUCUCCUCAUAGAGAUGCAUUGGAUCAAUGAAUCUCCAUGAGGAGUGUUCAGUGUCUCCAUGCAGAGCGUGAAGAUGCUGACGGCUAGUGCUGCACAUUGUUUAGCAUUGGACUAGGAAGAACCUCUAGUGGACAUCUGAGUGACUGCCCCUAUAGGGGUUCCUAGGCAGCAAUGAAAAGACCAUAUCGUGAAAAGGCAAUAUUUACAUUAAUAAGCCUGCAGGGACAGGCUGUAGACAUCAUAACUACAGUAAGCUGUAGUUGUUCUAGUGACUAGUGUCCCUUAAUUAAAAAUAUGUAACUGUAUGGUUCUCUUUUCCUCAUGCAUACGAUCCUCUUCUUCUCAUGCAUCCGAUCCUCUUCCCAGAUUUCUUCAUGUCCUCCAUCAAAUUUUCACAAAAAAUAUUAAUUUGUGUAUAAAACCAUGAGCAGAUGUUUAUGUUAAAUGUAUCGUAUUUCUUUUUCAGAUGAGGCGGUAAUUUGUCCCAUUGGAACAACAUCACGGUAUAAGUUCUUCCCUUAAACUAUAUAAUGAACCUGUAAAAUCAUAUCUCUGGAUUGUGUUACCAAAACGUGACUUGCUUGACCCACAGAUACGGUGUCUUCCCCUCCAAUGGAUGUUUAAUGUGUGUAUUUGGUUAUCUCUGAGUUGGAAUUAAGCUUUUUAUGUUUUUGUUUCAUCAAAAGGUGUGUAAUUAAUUUAAAGCAUUUGUUACACUUCACCAAAUCUUAUAGCUCCAGGAUCUCAUGUGUUGCCUGCCCAACACCUACACAUCCAUAAGUGCAGUAACUGGUGUCUAUUCAUAUACAGUGUAAGUGGAAAUUUGCACGGUGACUAUUCCUAGUCCCAGGUCUGUUUCUAUUAUUAUUUAUUAUUAUUAUUAUUAUUAUUAUUGUAAUAAUAAUAAUAAUAAUAAUAUCACACAGGUCAGACCAGCUCAUAGAAAUCACUGUUACAUUGUGUCUGAACAAUAUGUUCUGCACCUCACUGAGAAGUACCUUUCUAAUUACCCCACCCACACCCACCCACACCCACCCACCCCCUGUGAGAUUUUUCCACUGUUUGUUUUUGUUUUUUUGUUGUUGGUUUUUUAUUUUUGUGUGUGUGUGUGUGUGUGUGUUCAGUGUGCAGUGUCAAGUCUAAAUGUAGUUCAGAUAUAACCCCACUGACCAAAGGCUGGGCAUACAAAAACUAUUCAUACCAGGUCACCCAUCACACCUGGCUUCUGCUGAUCUCUGUAACAGACGCACAAGACCAGAAAUGAGCAUUCUGGUCCAGUUAAUGUGCCAGGGCUUGUCACUUUGAAGUCUCAGUGUUGGAUCUUGGCAGUGUAUCAUUUAACCUCUAACAAAUGAAAGCUUUUGGGAGUCCUAUUUGGCACACUAUAGUACUACCUGUAGAGUAAUGGAUAAAUGUGUAUUAUUGCCAAAAAAUAUUUUAAACUAGUAUUCCCCAAAUCUGUUACUUAAAGGCAUAGUAUUCUAUAUAGAGGAGAAAGUUGGGAAAGUUGUGGGAUUUGCAUUGACUGUUUCAUCCUCCUGUAACAAUCCAAUACUACCUUCUAAGCUAAUGAAUGAGACUUACAUGUGUUUUAGACAUGUGCAGGCAUUUAAAACGAUAUCUGAAAAAAAAUAAAACUAAAUAAAAGGAUACCCGAUCAGCUCAGAACUAUUAACACAAACAAACACAUCUAUAUGUAUCUGUUGCUGGGUAAGAGAAAAAUAGAGGGCAGCACAGAUUACCCUUGCAAUUAUAACAUAGAGCAGAAGUACACAGAAAAUGUGAAAAGAUUGAAGCCCUAUUUAGACGAUUUGGUCUUCCGUGAUUUCAUCUGCAGAACAAAUAUGUUGCAUUUAGCCAUAUCCGCGCUUCCACUACAUAGAGUUGGUUAAAACAUGGUGCUUUUAUGGAUCAAAUGUCCUAUUUCAAAUGCCCAUUGACCUUGGCAAACAAAGCUGAAACUGUAUCAAACAAUGUGUGAGCAAUCAACAGCUUGUGUUAAAUCCAAUAUCUCUAAGGAACAAGUAAAAAAUCAUUACAGGAAAUCCUUAUUGAAUAGCAUCAACUAAUUUAUAUUGAAACUGAGAAACUCUUACUUUUUAAUCAUACACAAUAACCAGUGUUUUUGCAAUAUUCUAGUGGAACAAGUUAAUUUUAAUCUGUAGUGUCCCUUUAAGGCUUAAGCUGUUAAACAUUUGUGCCUGACACUUUUUUUUUUUUUUCAUUUAUUAAUGGAAUUCUAUUUCCACUUUUUUACUAUUUCAACUAUACUGAUAAUUUAAACCAUGCUCCUUUUAUUUUACCUUAAUAAUGUUUGUUUAUUCCUCUUUCUUCUUGUUCUUAAAGCUUUGAUCAUAUUGUGAAGUUGCAUAGAAAAUUCCAAGCUAGACAUCUCUAAGUUUUUUUUUUUGUGGAGAACGUUCUAGAUAUUGCUGUUUGUAUCAUGUUCACUUGUUUGUAAAUUCUCCCAUCCUCUAAUUCGUCUUCAUUUCCUAUCCAGUGGUGCAAAUCCUGUGAGGGACACAAAGCACAGAAAGAUUGAUUUUUUCCUUUUAAAGCAUAUCAUUAGUGACAAAUUCACUCAACAGAAAUAUACCAGGCAAUUAGCUGACUGCAAUUCUUCACAUGUGUACACUAAGUAAUGUGCUUUGAUUUACUCUUGUUUCUAUGUUAUUUGUCUCUUUCUAAAUGGAUUCUGGAAGCAUACCUGUCAGACAGGUCAUGAAACCUAUUUCCAGAACACAUGCUCCAAUCAUGUAUUGCUGUAAAUGAAGGUUAUGGCUUCUGAGCAGUAGAUUACACAGACGUUAUUACAGAUUUUUAUUAUUAUUCAGGAUUCCUUUUAUAGAACUUUUUCUCUAACUUGAUCUCAAGGUGUUCAAAAGAGGGUAGCCGCCCGGCCGGUAGUUACUAGAUUAUCAGGAAUGCAGAGCAUAAUGACCAACCAUCCUUCAUGGUUGAGGCUCUGCUUUUGGAAGCAUAUGUUUUAAGUGCUGUAGAUGACAUUGAUGUGAGGGGCCGAAUGCAUGGUAUCAUAAUUUAUCCUCCUAAUAUGCUGCAUAUGUUCUUAGAUUGAUGGGUGGCUAUAAUCCAAAUUGAGGCCUGUAAUGUAAAAUCAGGACAGAUUUAGCAUUAGAAUGAAAGAGUAAAUUCCAAAAUUAACCAGGAACUACUAAAGGGAAACUUAACAGACACCAGAAAUAAUACAUGAAUUGGAAUACCUUGAAAGGAACAGGAAUCAGAUACUCUGCAAAUGAUUAAUGUAACAUGGCCGCAGCCUAAAACAGUGACAACCCUAGGAACUGACAUUGGUAGGAAUUAUACUAUGCACUAGAGAUAAACCUUGGGUGUUCUUGAACAGUGGAUUCCCCUCUUUUGUGGGAAUACUGGUGCUCACCCCAGAGAGAUGGUCUCCCAUAAUAGCUCCAGAACUCCAUUCAUGCGCCUGGAGUGCCAUUUUAAUUUUUUUUUUUUUUUUUUUGCAGAAGGGGGUAUCCACCCAAGUCUAUACUCCUGCAUAAAUCCAACUAUUUGCCUUUAUGUGGAUAUUCUACCUACUCGGUAUCAUAUUCUCUUAAAUAAAAAUCUGCAAAAAACAACAAACAAAGGGCUUGGGUUAGACACAAGACAAAUAAAUAUAAAAACCUUUUACCAAAAUACCUCUGAUAACAAUCCUAGGAGUAAAACCAGGAGCUAGUUUUUUAAGGAUGUUAAACCGUAAAAUUAGACUCUUUAAAUAUAGAUAAAAAUAAGCAUGCAGCAAUAAUUCUAUAACCAUUAAACACCGUAAUCUCUAGCUGCUUUCACUCUCACAAUAAUGAUUAAAGUUCAUCGUUACAGUCCAUAAUGAAUGCGGCGGCGAGGCCCAUCUUCCUGUCUGCCCGCACCUCCAAUGCCUCACCCUUCUGUCAGUCCCUACAUUUGCUUCCUAUAAAAUAUAGAUCUCAAUUAAAAAUUCUGGUUCUUGCUUUCAAACCUCUACAUAAUGCUGCUCCAACCUAUCUAUCCUCCCUUAUACACAAGUCUAGGCCCUUAUGAUCUGCUGAAGACUUACGUCUAUCUUCUGUCCGUACUCCCACCUCUGAUGCUCGCCUUCAAGAUUUCUUGAGGGCUGCACCGUUUCUGUGGAACUCUCUUCCCUCCUCCAUUAGAUGAUCACACAGUCUCCACUCCUUCAAAAAAUAGUUAAAAACCCACUUCUUCAUAAAAGCGUAUCAAUUAAACUGUUAAUAGCUCCAGAAUGAUUCCUCUUCUGCAACUGUCACUAGUCUAAUACUAUCCUUACCUUUUUGUGUCAUUUUACCCCACUCCCUCUAGCAUGUAAGCUCAUUGAGCAGGGCCCUCAACCCCUCUGUUCCUGUGCGCCCAACUUGUCUGGUUACAACUACAUGUCUGUUCGUCCACCCAUUGUAAAGCGCUGCGGAAUUUGACGGCGCUCUAUAAAUAUAAUAUUCAUCCAUAUACAAAUGUGUCCAUAAAACAGUUGAAAUAGGUAAAUAGGCAGUCUGACGUAAAUGUAGCAGUUUGUGAAAAGGCUGAUCAGUAAACAACCACAUCAGCUAAGGUGUAGCCACAGAAAGUGCUCCGUAUUCUAGUACUUCCAAUAGUGUAACAGCCACUUAUUAAAGGGCCACUAUAGUCACCUGAACAACUUUAGCUAAAUGAAGCAGUUUUGGUGUAUAGAACAUGCCCCUGCAGCCUCACUGCUCAAUCCUCUGCCAUUUAGGAGUUAAAUCCCUUUAUGAACUCUAGUCACACCUCCCUGCAUGUGACUUGCACAGCCUUCCAUAAACACUUCCUGUAAAGAGAGCCCUAUUUAGGCUUUCUUUAUUGCAAGUUCUGUUUAAUUAAGAUUUUCUUAUCCCCUGCUAUGUUAAUAGCUUGCUAGACCCUGCAAGAGCCUCCUGUAUGUGAUUAAAGUUCAAUUUAGAGAUUGAGAUACAAUUAUUUAAGGUAAAUUACAUCUGUUUGAAAGUGAAACCAGUUUUUUUUUUUUUCAUGUAGGCUCUGUCAAUCAUAGCCAGGAGAGGUGUGGCUAGGGCUGCAUAAACAGAAACAAAGUGAUUUAACUCCUAAAUGACAGUGAAUUGAGCAGUGAAAUUGCAGGGGAAUGAUCUAUACACUAAAACUGCUUUAUUUAGUUAAAGUAAUUUAGGUGUUCCUUUAAAGUACAGUAUGUGCAUCCAAAUGAGAAAUGCCUGGAUCUACAGACACAUAAGAACUUAAGAAAACAGUUAGGUGCAGCAGUAUAUCUAUAAAAACAAGAGAGAAAGACAUAGUGCGCUCUGUAAGGUUUAUUAAAAUGAAGAAUUAAAAACACUUACAAGAUUCCUUAGUUAAGAUAGCAUAUCAGGGAAUCACCCCCUGGUUGCUCCAUUUCGGUGUUCCCGCUGGCAUUCACGUGGGGGAAACCCGUAACGUGAUCCUGUUCCCAGAAUACAGUCUAUCAUCAGGGGUUCGAUAGGCGUUCAACUGCUCACCGCUUCCGCUUCUCCAUCUGGAUUCCAAUCUCUUGUUCAGAGCUAAUGCAUUACGUGUAUUUUAUGAACAAAGGUUCACUUCCUCAGAGUAAAAACAUGAAGAAAAACAAAAACCUGUUGAGCCAUAUAGUUUCCCCCAAUUCUUUAAAACUAGUUCUUAUGUAGCAAUAUGACUGAACAUUGCUUAUGUGGGUCACCAUUAUAAUUUUGCUGUAAUAAUAGUGUAUUAGCAGAAAGGAUGUAGGAUAUCCUGUAGUGUAGAUAAUUACCCGAUUAUACUUGGUAUAAAUGAGUCACCCAGUUGACCCUUUAAGUACAAAACCUCUUUGAAUCUGAGGUUUGAACACUAUGUGUAGUUUGUGUAUUAACCAACUGAUCUAACUUACCAGCCAUUAAUAUUAUUUCAUUUUUAUUUCAGACCAAGCAGUGCCAUAAGAAGACCAGGAUCUGCUGAAAUUAAAUGUUACUCCCCAACUAAACAGAUUUCCUUAUGUGCAGUAAAACGUUUAUCACAAAGGUAUUGUCUGUAUUUUGAUAUAUGUACACGCAUGUCUUAAUGCAAACUUUUUGCAACUAUAGUAAACAGCUGCUUUAAGGACUUGUUGUCCAGCUUGAUACCACUCCAUAUGGAAUGUUGUAGACCUCAUUAGGAAAAUAUAAUCUGCCAAUGGCUGAAAUAGGAAAAUUAUAAUGUGCCUUAAUAAAGGCUGAGCUUGUAUGGCCAGUGAAAUCUAGCUUCAGGCUCUGUAACUCCUUCCCCCAUUUUUUUUAUUUUUUUUUUAUAGUUUCUAUAUUUUUAUUGAGAAAUGGAUAUAUUUUCGUGUUCGUUUACAUGUUCAUACAGAGUACAACCGCAUUGUUCUACUAUUUUGUUUCCAGUACAGUGUUUUCAGUACAAUACAUGUCACGUAAAGAAGGGACGGUUACAUAUCAUAAGAGUCGCAUCUCCGUACACCAGCUAUUAUUGAUUUUGCAGCUGUUAAAAGAAAAUAGAGUAGGGAAUAUUUAUAUCUACCCACUGGUAUGGCCGUGAGGUGAAAUAAUAAGGCCGCCGGAUCUUGGAGUAGUAGGAGUCCCGUAACCACCCUUAUUUUAUCUUUCACGUGUGGGCAUGUCCACCAGAUAUGUUCUAGCAUACCUUUAGCACUCACACACCUCCAACCCACCGGUGAGUGUGAUGGCACAAAUGUAUGCAUUCUGGCUGGAAUGUUAUACCAUCUCGAGAGCAACUUAUAGUUUGUUUCUUCAAGCGGGACACUGGUUUGUGUGUGAAAGGUUAAAGUGAAAAAUGUGAGCCAUUUAAUGUCUUGUAGUGGUGAAGGUAGGGAGUUAUUCCAUACAUUGACAAAGAAGGGGAGUGUGGAGUGAAAGGGUUGUUGCAAUAGUUUUAUAGCAUGCGGAGGAUAUCUUGGGCAGCACCUGUCUCAGGAGAUAUUGGUUGUGGAUUGAAAACUAACCCCUCCGCUCCUGCCAGGAAGAAUGGAUUGAGAUAUUGGGUAUUUUUUUAUUUUUAUUUUUAUAUAUUUUUAUUUAUUUUAUUUUUUUAUAUCCAGCUUGGUGUCAUUUUUGGUAGCGAAAUUACACAUAUUACGCCAGAUUAUUUUUAUUAGAGUAUAGCAACAUUAUUAUUAUAAUAAAUAUUGUAUAGGCUGUAUAGUGUCUAUCAACUGUCCAAAUUUGAUAUUGUUUUAGCAAUAAAAUAAUUGAUUGUGUCCCUACUGUUUAUUUCCAGUGGUGAUGCUUCAAGUUCUGAUCAUAUAGAAAGACUGUUGUCAACAGAGAUGAAUUCCAGUGGCAUUCCAAGCAGUUCCACAAUAGAACCAAUUGGUAUCUAAAUGUACAUAAAUUGUAGAUGGGUUAAUUCUUGAUCUUUAAAUUAUUUGUGGCAAAUGUUCCCAAAAGAUGAUAAAUAGCCAGAUAUGAUGUUAAUGUGGAACUAUUGCUUCUCUGAAAAUUACACUGUUGGAGAAAAAAAAGAGAAAAACAGUAAAAAUCAUCCAGAACUAAUGUAAACUUUUUUUUUUUUUUUGCUCAGAUUUCUACAGUUAUAUUCAUUAUUUAGCAAAUUACAUCACGUUUAGUCUAGGCACUGCUAGGGCACACAUUGCAAAUGGGGAGGAGAAACACAAAAAGUUUUUAUUUCUUCUGUGCUGUUUUGUUUGUGUAGAUAAGCAUAUUGCUUAUGUAUUUUUUUUAGGAUAGAUGGACCAUUUACAAGGAUUUAAAAGUAAUUACUGGAAACAAUAUGUUAAUGUUUUUUGAGUAGUAAGUUUCAAAUGUGUACCCAAUUUUUGCAAACUUUAUGCCUAAAAGUUUCCAGUAAUAUAUCUGUAGACGUACAGGGUACUAGGACAUGAUGACUGAAAUACAACUAACCAUGUGCUUUUCAAUUAAGAUAAAAAGGAAGAUAAAGGAUCUCAGUCGCAAGCAAUUCAAAAUAUAAGUAUUAAAAAAGAGCAGGAAGAAUCUAGUGAUGAAGAUGAAAGCGGUGAUGAAACAGGAGGAGCACCCACACAGUUAUGUGCAGAGGUGAACAUUUUUUUUAUUUAAUUUUUUUUUUAAAUAACCACUAAUCAUAUAAAAUAACACUAAUGGUAAAUUUUAGAAACCUCAUCAUUAAUUUUUCAAAAUCCUGUUUAAUUUUUUUUUUUUUUUUUUUAUAACUGUGCUCCAUUAUUUAACCAGCUGGCAGUGAUAGCAUACUAUAAUUUCUAGAACACAUUUUCUAUAAACAGAACUUUGUUAACACUGCAGUGAUUUUAUGGGAAUUGAAGUUCAGUGGGUUGGGACAUUGUAUUUUUCAGUAGUGUUGUAACUUUUGAAAUCUGUUUGUUUGUGUGUGCUAGUCCUUUGUUCUGCAUUUUGGCUGUGAAUAAAUAACUUCUUUUUUCUUGAAGGAACACUCGAGGCACCAUAACAAUUUCAUCAAAAUAAUAUUGUUAUGGGGCCAGCAGGUCACAGGUUAAUACCUGAAGGGAUUAAACCAUUCUAGAACAGGUUUGCAUUUGUUUUUUUGUUUUUUAUGAACGGGGAGCUACUGAUUGGCUUAGAGCAUCAGCUGACUGCUCUACUAAUCAGCUGCACCUCUGACCAGCAACACUCCACUCUUCCUUAAAGUCAAUUUCAAAAGCUGGCUGGCGCUGAGGGAAUUGGCUAUCCGGCGUGGAAGACAGCCUUUUGGGGUUAAACAGUUCGAGAAAUGUUUAACCCCUUCAGAUUAGAAAGUGCCCAGCAACCUUCGGGCACCAUGACCAUUUAAUUUCCAUUUAGUUGCUAAGGUGCCUGGAGUGUUUCUUUAAGCAGCCUUGUAAGAUAUUAAACUGUACAUUUUAUAUGUAUAUGUGUGCGGUUGCUUUGUUAUACAUUGAGUAUACAUUUGAGGUAUCUAGAGAAAUUAAACAAAUGUAAAACUAAUUUUACAAUUAGUUUUUUUUUUUGUUUGUUUUUUUUCACAAUUAAUUUUAUCACGCUUUGAUUGAUCACUGCUUAUACUACACUUUUUAUUUAUUUAUUUUUUUAUGCACACACUGGCUUAUUACUACACAUACAGGCUAAAUAUUUGUAAUUCACUUGUGAGUUCUCCAUAAGACUCAGUAUAGUGGAUGACUCCAACUAUGUUUGUUAUACAGUCUAUUUAAAAUCAUUUGUGAUUUUUUUUUUUUUAAUUUUUUUUAUUUAUUUAUUUUUUUUUUUUUCCACCCCAGUUCCUUAAAGCUGUGAUGGAUAAGGAUUAUAAAUUGGCUCAGAAGCUAUGUCAGAUGUGUAAGUAUUGAAACUACAAUUGCAAUUUAUUUAUUUAAAUUUAGUUCAGAUGAUGUUCAUGUAAACAAAAAUGUUUUCAUUCUAAAUGGUUUGGGAGAUAAUUUUGCAGGUUUCCUUUCUUCCUUUGAAUGUAUGGUGACUCCUCAAACUCUGCAACAGUUGUAAGCAGAAAACACACUUUCUUUCAGGUACCAACCUAUUCCCAGGAUACCAAGAGAACGUGCAUGCAAUGUAUGUUAUCUCUUUACACAUAGACAAAGAUCCCUUUUAAGAUCUCUUCUAAAAGAGAACUAACAGCAGUGUCUCGCGAUUUCUAUGCGCCAAACUUGCUUCGAACUCUUCCUAGAGAUACAGUGUGCUGACUGCUUGAGUUGUUGGAUGUGAUUAAACUGCAACAUUUUGAGGCACAGUUAAUUGAUGGACCAGGUCAUGGUUUAGGGGUAGGCGUCAUUUACCUAUUUCAAGCAUAAAACCUAAUAUCUUCUCUCUAUAAUGCCAUGUGUCUGUGUAUCCAGAAAACACACAAUCUAAUGAUACCUUACGUGAGCAUGUACAUUCAUUGUGUCUCAUAUGCCAGGCAGUGCCUUGACAUCCUCAUAUAUGAUGUAAAUCACUUAAGCCAUGGGCAUCAAAGGCUCAUUGAUGAAUGUGGGGUGCAAAGGAUAGUCAGUCUUGUUAGAUCUCACAGAAGAGCUAUUGUAACUCAAAUUGCUUAAAAUCGUAAGUUGUCCAUAAUAGAAAGGUACCAGAACACACUGCACAGAACGCACAAUGUAUCGCUGUUUGAUCCGUAUGGAGCUACACAGCCACAGACCAGUCAGAGUGCCUAUGAUGACACCUGUCCACCACCAAAAGUGCCUUUAAUAGGGUCAUGAGCAUGAGAACUGGACCACAGAGCAAUGGAAGAAGGCUGCCUGGUCUGAUGAAUCAUGUUUUCUUUUAUAUCAGGGGGUUGGCCAGGUGCUUGUGCUUCGUUUACUUGGGGAAGAGAUAGCAGCAGGAUGCACUAUGGGGAAAAGGGCAGGCUGGCAGAGGUUGACAGAGGCUGGCAGUGUUAUGUCUCCAUUCCGUCAAAAAAAAUCAUUGAAGACUCACUUGUUUAGGAAAGCAUAUCAAUUAAAAUGCUAAUAGCUUUUCCUCCCCGCACCUUGUUAACCCAUCCUGCUUCCAAUCUUGCAACCGUAUCAUCCAUAAAAACUAACCCUUCAUUGUAAACUAUUCUAGCAUCCUACUUUUCCCGUACAUUAAAUACAUCCUACACUUACCUCUUGCGUCACUUUACACCACUCCAUCUAGAAUGUAAUUUUGUUUGAGCAGGGCCCUUUACAACCUCUGUCCCUGUGCGUCCAACUCAUCUUCUUGCAAACACUUGUCUGUUAGUCCACCCAUUGUUGGCACUUUAUAAAUAAUAAUAAAAAGAAGUCCAUAGACAAAUGUGGGAUGCAUAAGACGUUGCAAUCCUAACUUAUUUAUUUUGUGUAUGUGUGUUGUGGGCAACAAAGUGUAUCAUUUCAAAAGGGGAGAUAUCUUUCUAAAAUUUUAUGAGGGGAAAUAUAGAAAGCAUAUGCCUUAUUAGUAUUUUAUAUGUUUGAAUUGAACACAUUGAGAUCAUUAUAUAACUUUUGUUAUUUUCCGUUUUUCAAUUCUUUGGUUAAUACUGUUAAAUCAUUCAUGUAAUUCCAAAUACAUCUGAUACUGUGGUAUUGAUGUGUAACCAUUAUUUUUUAUUGCAGUACUUCUAUAUGAACCAGAAAAUCCUGAAGCUAAAGAGUUUUCCCCACUAAUUGAAGAAAUGUUGCAAAUUGGUAAUUAUACAGGACGUUUUUUGCACAUUUAUCCGUAUGAAAGUAUAGGGUUUAAACCAUGGUGGUUUAAAGUAUGGGGGUGCUGGCUUUUCACACAUCUCAUUCCAAAACCAUGUACAUUAAUGUAGUUAGACCAGUGGUUCUGAAACUAGUCCUCAAGGCACCCCUACAAAUCCAAGAUUUAGGGAUUAUCCACAUGUGUCUAAAGUGUUUUUAGAUAAUAAAAAACCAACCUUAGACUCAACUGGGUAAACCCUAAAUCCUGGGUUGGUAGGGUGGUUGGGGUGCCUUGAAGACUGGUUUGGGAACCAUUGUGUUAGAGCCUUCCAUCCUAGACUUUUCGUAUGAACCUGCUUGGGAGAGACUUGUCGUGCUGAAACCAGAAGGAUUUUCUCUUCUGUUAGUAGCAGAGAAUGUCUACAGCAGGACUGGGCAAAGGGUAGAUGUUGUAGAACUGUAAUGCCUUGAUACUUUGCUAAUUUUUGAAUGGCAAAACAUCAGAAAGCCACAGUUUUGCAAAACCUGUAAUGUGCAGUUUGCCCACCCCUAGUCUAUGGUACCCAUAUAGGAUGUAGUGUAGCAUUGGGGUGUUACUUCUCUGGCAGUUGGUAACCUAGCCAACACCUUCACAACACUUUUCAUAGGCAAAACUGACAAACUGGGAGAGAGAACAAUUGUGAGAUAAAUACUUUGGAGAGAGGAGGAAAGUAUAGGGCAAUUGGAAAGGUUAAUCGAACUACAAGAGAGUUAAGCAGGCCCCAUUCAAGUGUUACCUUAUAUUUUACAGUGACAUUCCAGUGUUCCUAUCAUUCUCUGAUCAAUUUGCAUGUAAAGGUUGUACAAAGAAAGACAUGUGAAUGAGGAAUUCAAACCUUAAUCUGCCAUAAAGUAAAUAAUGAAUAUAUAUAUAUUGUAAGCAUUAUGGUGGAAAAGUAAAUUUCGCAUGAAUAGCAUUGAGGAGACCAUGCGGAUGCAGAUUUAUACCAAGGAGGGGAACAGACUUCAUAUAUUUUUACGAUCCUUCAAUUGUUAGCAUUGUUUAUUGCACAAAAAGCUAAUUUAAAAUACUUUUGUCAAUAUUAACAUGUUGUAGAAGCUCAACAAAGUGAUACUGAAGAUGAAGAAGAUGAUGAUGAUGAAACAGAUGAAGAAAGCUAUUCUAGUGAAUCUAGCGAGGACAGUUCCACAGGAAACUCUGAGGAUUCAAGUGAAGAUGAAAGUGAUGAUUAGAUAAGGGGAUAUGUACUGUUAAUGUUUUCUAAUGGUGUUGGCUAUGAUAUAAGUUAGAAAAGAUAUGUUCUACCAUAAGUAUUAUACCAGUGGCACAACAUUAGGAACAGCAUGUUCUACUCUAGAUCUUUUGGUAUUCAAAUUAUGUAUAAUACUUGGGAAUCCUGGAAACAUCACUACCUCAGCAAGUCACCGUCAUAGAGUAACAGGGCAGUACAGAUGUCUUCUCUCUCUAACUGACACAAAGGGGAAGAUACAUCGUAUCUCUGAUUCCGAGAACACACAUUGAGAGGGAAAACCAUAGUGCAGACUUCUGGUAUUACUUUUCUGAGCCAGACAUAGAUUUACUCUGGCAUUCUUGCUGAAAAGGGCAGUUCUCAUGAUGCAUAAACUCUAAAGUUCCCUUCUCAAUAUCAGUAAAGAUGGGUUUAAAUUGAACUGUCUCUGAAGUUUAAUAUUGUAGUUAAAGACCAGACAGGCGCCUUAUACUACAAAAAAAAAAAUAUA